AUGUUUGCCACUGCCAAUCCCAAUAAAGUUUGUUACAAAUGCACAAGAUGCAAUCGCAAUCCUCUCGGAUACACCAAGACAGAUAAAAGAACUGUCAAGCGUCAUACCCAGAAUGAUAAUGACAGGAAUAUGGAUAAAACCAUUAAUGAACAAAUAGUUUUGACAGCCAAAGUAAACACUAGUGAAGCUGAUAUGAACAUAGAUCAAAUUGAAGAACAUAUUGAAUAUGAUAAUUACUCUGUUGGUGCACCCUCACCAGAGCAGUAUGUCAAUACCUACUUAUCUCUUUUGGUGGAAGAAUCUCUUUUUGAAACAGAGGAGUAUACUUCAGAGUAUGAGUGUGAAUAUGAGUCGUCGGAUGAAUUUGAGCAAGAAGAACAGAACAGAGAGCAAGAACAGGUCUACAGAAAACCUUUCAGAGAAUAUUUGGCAUUAAAUGAAGGCGCAGUAAUUUUGAUUACAUUCAUAAAUAUAAUCCUCAAACAUUAUGGAGAGAAUUUCCGACUUCCCACAAGCAUUCCGGGUUUGAGGAAAAUGAUAGGAUACAAUGACUUGACAAACGGCAUAUCAAAAUAUGUAGCAUGCAGUAAUUGUCACACAUUGUACAAUUACAGCAACAACACGCAUACAUCCUGCAAUUUCAAAAGAGUUGGUAGUGUUGUAAAUGAGUAUUGA